AUGGAUUCUAAUGUUAUGCCGGUCGCGUCGGAUGAGGGAGAUCUCUCUUGGUCAGACAACAACAGCACUUACUCGGACGACAACAUGAACGGAGACAUGCUCCUCCCGCACUCGCCUCUCUCCCAAGCGGCCGCCUGGAUGAACUCGGCCACCGCUACUCAGUCUCAUACGGGCCAGUUGUCUCCCGUCAGCACUGGCAUGGACAUUGCAACAAUGGACCCUUCCUGCGCUCCGACAAUGGUACACUCCGCAUCCUCGUCUUGCACUGAUUCCUGGAGCACUGCCCACGCUGAUGCCUUCGACGGAGACGACGCUGACAACGACAUUGUAUGGGAACAGGGCUCGGACGAUAUUCUCACCGUACCCAAACUAGAACCUAUGGACGACGACUUCAAACUAGAUGAUGUGAAGGAGGCCCCGCUAAGCUCAGCCGAAGCCGCCUUGAUCUCGCCAUCCUCCAACCAACCAAAACAAAAACGACCCCGUGGCCGGCCUCGUAAGCACCCUCUGGCACCUGUGGUGAACCCGAGCAAGGUUACCAAAGGACGAUCCAAGACUGGAUGCAUUACAUGUCGGAGACGGAAGAAGAAGUGCGACGAGGCAAAGCCUAGAUGUAUGAACUGCGAAAAGAACGCUGUGGUCUGCGAGGGGUAUCAUGAGAAGAAGCUUUGGAGGAGUGGCAAAGAGAAGGCCUGCGAUGACCGCCUCGGGGCCGAAGACUCGCUCGUCUUUACCAUGCAACCUUUGUUCAAUGGCGUCGACACCAUCGAGGACAAGAUCUUUUGGAAACACUACGGUGUUCAUCUCAGCAACGUACUCACGGUUGAAGGUGAGGCAAAGAACGCAUUCAAGGACAUUAUCCUUCCCCUGGCAAAUCUGCACCAAGGUGUGAUGCAUUCGAUCCUUGCUAUGAGCAGCAAGCAUAUCGACUUUGACACUCCUUAUGGCGCCAAGCUAUUGCAGCAGCAUCCGACCACCAACCGAGAGGCGCUGCAGGAGAGAUCUGACUACCAUCACAAGCAGGCGAUGGAGUCAUUCUACGCAGAUAUUCGUCGCUCCGAGGAAGAGGACGCAGAUGGCCAGGCGAUUUCUUCUGCUCGCUUCGCUCAGAUGCUCUGCCUUCUCGUCACCACCCUUAUCGAAGGCAACCCUCACGGUGCCCACAGGGUUCAUCUGCGGGCCUACAAGGAUCUCAUUCAACAGACGCCCCCCGAAGACACUGUAUUCCUAAGCUUUAUCCAAGAGUUCUUUCAGUAUCAUAUCUACGCCGACGAGCUUCUGUGGCACCCUACCAUGGACGGCCCUCGUCUUGCUUCCGAGGAUUGGAGCCCUCUGGUUCCUAUUGAGUCACCUCGCCUCUUGGGCGUUGCCGAUGGUCUGUUCCAGUAUCUUUGCCAUAUCACCACGAUUAGGAACACCAUUCGGGAAAACGUCUACCGGGGAUCCGAGACGGUGGUGAACUAUCAUAUCCUGUACCGGGCUCAGGAGAUCCAAGAGGCCAUCGAGCAGUGGAUGCCUGUGUGGCCUCCCGGUGACAGCCGGCACAGGGUUGGGCAUGUUUACAAGCACAUGAUGUUCUUGCAUCUGUUCCGAACCAUCUAUCCUCCCACGGCCUCCGAGAGGAGACCGUCAGUAUUUUCAGUGGCGACUUCGAUCGCUACCUCAACCUCAUCUUCUUCUUCCCGUCGUCAUUCACAAAUAUCCCGUCCAUCUACAGCUACCAGCUGUGCAUCUUCGCCCGGACUAAGGCCCUCGACAGCAGCCGGAUUUCCGUCGGCGAUGCAGUUGAAGCGCGAUCCCAGCUCUCGAGGACCAUCCAGGACUAGCUCCAUGCACGAAUCGGAUGCUGGUUCUUCGAGCUGUGCCAUCAUUGACGAGCAGCGCCCUGCAUCUCCGCCGCCCAUUCGUCGGCCUCCUCAACACGAUAACCGCAUAACUGCUGCGGUCGACGAGUCUCUGGCCAUCAUGGAGGGCUUUAAACCGUCUGACCCCGCCUUAACAUUGCUGCUUAUGCCUUGUCUCGUCAUUGGAGCAACCUGUUUCGAUCCUGCCCAACAAGAGCGCGUUCGCACAGUGCUCCGGUCGAUCCGUGGCUACACGGGUCUCCGUAACUGCGAUCGCGUGCUUGACGUCCUCGAAGAGCUCUGGCGGCUUAUGGAUUUCGGUGACUGGGUUUCUGUUUGGGACUGGCAAGGUGUCGCAAGAAACCAAGGUCUCGACUUCCUCUGCACCUAG